GGGGGGAAGCGGGUGGGUGCCGGCGCUGGCGAUGGCCGAGCUGGAGGGGCCCGAGUUUGGCAAAGCCGACUUCGUCCUGCUGGACGAGGUGACGAUGGAGCAGUUCCUGGAGAACCUGCGCCUGCGGUUCUCUCAGGGCCGCAUCUACACGUACAUCGGGGAGGUGGUGGUGGCGGUGAACCCGUUCCGGGCGCUGGCGCUGUACGGUGCCGCGGCGGUGGAGCGCUACCGCGGGCGCGAGCUCUACGAGCGCCCGCCUCACCUCUUCGCCUUGGCCGACGCCGCCUACAAAGCCAUGAAGCGCCGCGCCAAGGACACCUGCAUCGUCAUCUCGGGCGAGAGCGGCGCGGGCAAGACCGAGGCCAGCAAGUACAUCAUGCAGUACAUCGCUGCCAUCACCAACCCCACGCAGAGGGCAGAGGUGGAGAGGGUGAAGAACGUGCUGCUCAAGUCCAACUGUGUCCUGGAGGCCUUUGGCAACGCCAAGACCAACCGCAACGACAACUCCAGCCGCUUUGGCAAGUACAUGGACAUCAACUUCGACUUCAAGGGUGACCCCAUGGGCGGCCACAUCCACAACUACCUCCUGGAGAAGUCCCGGGUCCUCCAGCAGCAGCCGGGAGAGAGGAACUUCCACGCCUUCUACCAGCUGCUGCGGGGAGCCCCGGCGGCACUGCUGAGCGCCCUGCGCCUGCGCCCCGACCCCGGCGCCUACCGCUACACCCAGGAGGGGGCCCAGGGCGCCUGUGGGGAGGACGCAGCCGGCUACCAGGCAGUGGAGGAGGCGCUGGCCAUCAUCGGCUUCUCCCCGGAGGAGGUGGGCUCCCUGCGCCGCGUCCUGGCCACCGUCCUGCACCUGGGCAACGUGGUGUUUGUGGCGGAGGGCGAGGCGGCGGCGCUGGAGGAGGCAGGGCAGGAGGAGCCCACGGGGCAGGUGGGCACAGGGCAGGUGGGCACGCUGGCAGAGCUGACAGCCACGGCCCCGGAGGAGCUGCGCCAGGCCCUGCUGAGCCGCACCGUGGCGGCGGGCGGAGGGGAGCUCAUCCAGAGGGGACACAGCCCCCGGGAGGCCGCCUACGCCCGCGAUGCCUGCGCCAAGGCCAUCUACGAGCGGCUCUUCUGCUGGAUCGUGGGGCGCAUCAAUGCCAGCAUGGCCCCCCGCGGGCACGACCCGCGCCGGCACGGCAAGGGCACCGUCAUCGGCGUCCUCGACAUCUACGGCUUUGAGAUCUUCCAGACCAACAGCUUCGAGCAGUUCUGCAUCAACUACUGCAACGAGAAGCUGCAGCAGCUCUUCAUCGAGCUCAUCCUGCGGCAGGAGCAGGCGGAGUACCAGCGGGAGGGCAUCGCCUGGCAGAACAUCGAGUACUUCAGCAACGAGGCCAUCGUGGCGCUGGUGGAGCAGCCGCACCGCGGGAUCCUGGCGCUGCUGGACGAGGCCUGCCUGGCCGCGGGGGCCGUCACCGACCCGCUGUUCCUCAGCUCCAUGGACGCCCGCCUCGGCCGCCACCCCCACUACACCAGCCGCAAGCUCUGCCCCACAGACAAGAGCAUGGAGUUCAACCGGGACUUCCGCAUCAGGCACUACGCGGGAGACGUCACGUACUCAGUGGAGGGCUUCCUGGACAAGAACAAGGACACGCUCUUCCAGGACUUCAAACGGCUCUUCUACAACAGCGCCGACCCCGUGCUGCGUGCCAUGUGGCCCGACGGCGAGCAGAGCAUCACCGAGGUGACCAAGCGCCCGCUGACCGCCGGCACGCUCUUCAAGAACUCCAUGGUGGCCCUGGUGGAGAACCUCGCCUCCAAGGAGCCCUACUACGUGCGCUGCAUCAAACCCAACGACCAGAAGUCUCCGACGCUGUUUGACGAGCAGCGCUGCCGGCACCAGGUCGCCUACCUGGGGCUGCUGGAGAACGUGCGUGUGCGCCGCGCCGGCUUCGCCUACCGCCAGCCCUACCAGCGCUUCCUGCUGCGCUACAAGAUGACCUGUGAGUACACGUGGCCCAACCACCUGAUGGCCAGUGACCGGGAGGCCACUCAAGCCCUGCUGGAGCAGCACGGCUUCCAGGACGACGUGGCUUAUGGCCACACCAAGGUCUUCAUCCGCACGCCCCGCACCCUCUUCCGCCUGGAGCAGGAGCGGGCGCAGCUCAUCCCCAUCAUCGUCCUGCUGCUGCAGAAGGCGUGGCGCGGGGCCCUGGCCCGCCGGCGCUGCCGCUACCUGCGCGCCGCCCGCGCCAUCCUGGCCUGCUACAAAGCGCAGAAGGUGCGGGCGUACCUGCGGGAGCUGCUGCGGCGCUUCCAGGGCGUGCGGGCCCUCCCCGACCUGGGCGCCAGCCUGGCCUGGCCCCCGCCGCCCCCCGUGCUCGCCCGCUUCCAGGAGGGCACCCAGCGCCUCUUCCGCAGGUGGCGAGCACGGCAGAUCAUCAAGAACAUCCCUCCCUCGGAGAUGGGGCAGAUCCGGGCCAAGGUGGCCGCCAUGGAGGCGCUGGCCGGGCUGCGGCGGGACUGGGGCUGCCAGCGCCGCUGGGCACAGGACUACCUCUCCUCGCCCAGCGAGAACCCGGGGCUGGCGCUGCCCUUCGCCCGCCGUGUCCAGGCCCUCAAGGACAAGGUGCAUUUCAGCUCCGUCCUCUUCUCCUGCCACGUCCGUAAGAUCAACCGCUUCGGGAAGAGCCGGGACCGUGCCAUCCUCCUGACCGACCAGCACCUCUACAAGCUGGACCCCCGGCAGCAGUACCGGGUGAUGCGGGCACUGCCCCUCAGCACUGUGACGGGGCUGAGCGUGACGAGCUGCCGGGCGCAGCUGCUGGUGUUCCACACCCAGAGCCAGGAGGACCUGGCCGUGUGUCUGCACAAGAUGCAGCCGGCGGGGGACAACAGGGUGGGCGAGCUGGUGGGCGUCCUGCUGGAGCACUGCCGAGCGACCAAGCGGGAGCUGCGGGUGCGGGUGUCCGACUGCAUCCAGCUGAACCUGCGCGGGCGCCGGCGGCUGCUCACGGUGGAGACGCGGCCGGACGCCGCCACCCCCGAUUUUGGCAAGAGCCGUGACGGCUUCGUGCUCUACUGGUCUGGGAAAUGAGGGAGGAGCGGCUCCCCCUGCCCCCCUCCCCUCUGCUCAGCACCCCACGGCCCCGUGAGCCCCAACCACCCGUCCCCUACCCUGUGUCUCCCCCCCGGGACGAUGCUGAAGCCUCUGUGUGUGCCAGGAAUAAAGAGCUGGAUGGGA